CACACGGGCGAGGGCCUGGGGCCCAGCUGGUUCGUGGACACUGUGUGGCUGCGGCACCUGGUGGUGCAGGAGGAGGCGCUCUCGCCGGAGGAGGAGGCCCGCAGGACCAAGGAGCGGGACAGGCUGCGGCAGCUGCUCCGGAAGGAGCGGCUGAAGGCCAAGCUGCAGAGGAAGAAGCGCAAGAAGAGGCGGGGCAGCGACGAGGAGGACGAGGGUGAGGAGGAGUCCUCCUCGGAGGAGUCCUCGUCAGAGGAGGAGGAGGAGGAGGAGAGCGGGGAGGAGGAGCUGGAGGAGGAGCUCGAGCCCGGCAUGCAGGAGGUCGUGGAGCAGUACAAGUUCGAGGUGCAGCGCUGGCUGGCCCGGGGCAAGGAG